CCGCAGCAGCAGCAGCAGCAGUGCCCGGAUUUCGAGCCGUGUGCUUUUCUCCGCCGUCAGCGACGUCGUAUUCCAUCGCCAACCGUGAAGGAAGGAACGCGGCCUGUGCGGUUCUUCGUUCUUCCGCAGUCUUUCGGGUAGCUCUGUGUGCGUGCGCGAGCGCUUUGUGUGUGGUUUUUCGUUCGGAAUUUUCUAUCCAUUUUUCGCAGCAGCAGUAAGUGAACCACCCAGCAGUAAAAAAACCCCUCACCAUGUAUCACCUGAAGACGAUCGCGAAGAAUGCCACCAUCAAGCAGGAGGUGGCCACGCUGGUCAAGGCCGUUGCGGCCGUCCAGCAGCCGAUGGCGAUGAACCAGCAGCAGCCGAAGCGCACCUACGCCGAGCACCAGAUCCCGGAGCGGCUGAAGGAUGUGUCGACCGCGGCCAACCCGCGCUUCUUCGACAUGGUCGAGUACUUCUUCCACCGCGCCUGCCAGAUCUGCGAGGACAAGCUGGUGGAGGACAUGAAGGGCCGCGCCUCGAUGGACGAGAAGAAGAAGAAGGUGAAGGGCAUUCUGAUGCUGAUGCAGCCGUGCGAUCACAUCAUCGAGAUUGCCUUUCCGCUGCGACGCGAUUCCGGCGACUACGAGAUGAUUACCGGCUACCGUGCCCAGCACUGCACCCACCGUACCCCGACCAAGGGCGGUAUUCGUUUCUCGCUGGACGUGUCGCGCGAUGAAGUGAAAGCCCUGUCCGCGCUGAUGACGUUCAAGUGCGCCUGUGUGGAUGUACCGUUCGGUGGCGCCAAGGCCGGUGUCAAGAUCGAUCCCCGCAAGUACUCCGAGCAUGAGCUGGAGAAGAUUACCCGCCGUUUCGCGCUGGAGCUGUCCAAGAAGGGCUUCAUCGGCCCGGGCAUCGAUGUGCCGGCCCCGGACAUGGGAACGGGCGAGCGCGAGAUGUCCUGGAUUGCGGACACGUACGCCAAGACGAUCGGCCAUCUGGAUAUUAAUGCGCACGCGUGCGUCACCGGCAAGCCGAUCAACCAGGGCGGCAUUCACGGCCGUGUGUCCGCCACCGGACGUGGUGUGUUCCACGGGCUGGACAACUUCAUCAAGGAGGCGAACUAUAUGGCGCAGAUCGGCACGACGCCCGGCUGGGGCGGCAAGACCUUCAUCGUGCAGGGCUUCGGUAAUGUCGGUCUGCACUCGUGCCGCUACCUGACCCGUGCCGGUGCCACCUGCAUCGGUGUGAUUGAGCACGACGGUUCGAUCUUCAACCCGCAGGGUAUCGACCCGAAGGCUCUGGAAGACUACAAGAACGAGAAGGGCACGAUCGUUGGCUUCCCAGGCGCGCAGCCGUAUGAGGGCGAAAACCUGAUGUACGAGCAGUGCGACAUCUUCAUCCCGGCUGCCGUCGAGAAGGUUAUCACCGCUGAGAACGCUGGCAAAAUUAAUGCCAAGAUCAUUGCCGAAGCUGCCAACGGUCCCACUACCCCGGCCGCGGACAAGAUCCUGAUCGACCGCAACAUUCUCGUCAUUCCGGAUCUGUACAUCAACGCUGGUGGUGUGACGGUAUCGUUCUUCGAAUGGCUCAAGAACCUGAACCACGUCUCGUACGGUCGUCUGACGUUCAAGUACGAGCGAGAGUCGAACUACCAUCUGCUCGCUUCCAUUCAGCAAUCGUUGGAGCGAUUCGUAUUUAGCGACGAAGAGAAAUCCGUACAGGCCUCGCUGGAGCGUCGCUUCGGUAAUGUCGGUGGCAAGAUUCCGGUCACGCCCUCGGAAGCAUUCCAGAAGCGCAUCUCCGGUGCCUCGGAGAAGGACAUCGUGCACUCCGGACUGGACUACACGAUGGAGCGUUCGGCACGCGCCAUCAUGAAGACGGCCAUGAAGUACAAUCUCGGACUGGACCUUCGCUCGGCCGCUUACGUCAACUCGAUCGAAAAGAUCUUCCAGACGUACCGUGACGCCGGUCUCGCUUUCUAAGCCCGGACAGGGAGAAGAAAAAAACCCCGCUUACCUUACAUGCCAGCGAAGACACGCAUUUCGAUUCAAGACACACGGAGACGAACAAAACGAGCGCGCGCCAGCCAGCACAACUGGUUCUAAGUUAAUUUGCCGGUGAGGGGGGAAACACGAUGCAACAGAACAGCCAGAGAGAGAGAGAGAGAGAGAUAGGAGUGAAAACAGCCAUCGGCGAUCGUGCUUUUUCCCAUUGUUAGAUGUCUAAGGUUUCGUUUACCUACACCUACCUCAUCGCCGUGCCGAUGCGGAAUGGCUGCAAGUGAUGAUUCCCACAUUCCACGCGACAUAACAUUCCACGAGUACGAGUAGUAUGAACAACUGUGGUGUGUUGCAAUACUUUCUACACCGCGCACCGCAUCUCAACACACACACACACAUUCCAUUUUUAACAAUCUUUUUAUUCGGCCAAAAGCGGUCUCUCUGCGUACGAUCGGUGGUACUUGCUUGAUGAUUGUGUAUGAUGAUACUGGUGGCUGUUGUGGGCAGGAUUCGUUCCUCGGUUGGCACUGCACUUGUUGUUCGAUAAGUUUUAUUUGUAUUCAUGUACUUACAAUUCAUCCAUCGUGCGGUACAGUUUAACUUCUACAAGCGACGGAAUGAUUACGCAUUAAGUUUCAUUAGCACGCUAUACCUUUGAAACAAACACAAACGCACCAAGAAGAACCGAAAAACGACGCAAUUCAACAUUCCCACAGUAGAUCACAAUCGGAAAUCCGUCUCAACAGCACACCAGCAGUAUAUUUAGUCGUGUAAUCGAGAUUUAAAAUCCGGGAAGGGUCCCCCCCCCCACCCCAUACAAACACAACUGACUGCCACAAUUUGCGAAAGUACACUCGGUGUUCUCUUGCGUUAGGUACUAUUUUGCAACUUUGCGCCCUUCUGCACAGUUCUAAACGUAAUGCCUCACCGGACGACGGAACCAUUUGGAAAAAGCGCGUAUUUAAAAAAAAACUACCAAUGGCAUGCGCGCUCAAAAACUAAACACAGCCGCAACCGAUCUUACCUAAACGAUAAAGAAACUGGAGUAAGAUGAAGUAAAACAAAAAAAAACAGCUGACGCGAUGCAAAAGUGACCCACUCUAAAUAAAGCGAAAGUAAUCUAACAAAAAACAAAAGCA